AUGAUUUUUCGUUUUGUAGAAGAUGCAUUUAUCGGCUGUGUCACUCUUCUCUGUAGCUGCUACUUACAACUCAUCGACAAAGUCGUUAUAACCCAGCCGCCGGAAACAACCGAUGACGAUGAGGUCAUCCAUAUUCGGCGCCGUAGAGUCAAAAGUGACUCUGAUUGCGAUGAUGAAGAUUCUAGAAGCAGAGACAGCAGUUCAUCUAUCGAAGAGUCAGUAGUUGAAACAGUCAAAGUUCCGCAAGAACAAGAGGUGGACAUUGAAGGUGGUUGGAUUUUGGCGGCAAUCUGCGAGUGGUUGUGCUACAUCAGUCCUCAGCUACAUAGCCUCAAAAGUAGGAAAACUACUCCAAUACCAGCGGCUCUUUUGAACGCUUUUCAUUCGCUUGUGGACAAACUUAUACAUCAGCUCAAUCAGUCUACAAAAGCUAUGCGCACAGUAGAAGAUGCUGACGAAGAAAUACGUUGGCUUUUAUAUGGUGCAAGUAUAGAGGACAAAGUGCGCGCUGUACGACAGGCAGCUCAUUGGGCCUUCAAACUUUGCGCUGUUGAAACCUCUCCGAUCGAGUUUGCCGGAUACUUUCGAAGAAGAGGUCCGGCUUCAGAAACUGUGGAGUUACAAAGGAAAAUGGCGCAGCUACGUACAGAAACAGUCCGAAAGGAGGUGAGAUUUUUUCGGGAAAUAUUUGCCUAA